UGUGCUAAAGUGCAAAGUCUUAGCUCUGGUUAAGUGGCAGAAAGUGGACUUGGGAGCAGACAGGGGUCUGGGACCAGGCUGGGGUCAGCCACUCACAGGCAGAUAUUUAUGGCAGCCUGGCAGUGAUCAGUGUUUUCUUGGAUGCUGCUGAGAUGGGGGACAAUGCAGGGCUCCCGAAGGUCCAGAGACUUGGAUCUCCUCCAGGGCCAGAAGGCUGGUGACAUGGAGAGCCAGGGAGCAGGGCUGGCCAAGCGCCUGGCCACACUGCUUUCAGGGCUCAUGGAAUGCAUGUGCUUUGCGGGCAUCAUCUUCGGCUGGGCCUCUCUGGUCUAUGUGCUCAAGGGCCUGCACUACUUCGAGGACCUGUGCAAACCUGUUGCUAACAUGACUGUCAACGCCACACAUGAGACAGGCUGCAGUGAGCAGGAUGAACAGUUCUCACUCAUCUUUACCAUUGGCUCCUUCAUGAACAACUUCAUGACCUUCCCCACGGGAUGCAUCUUUGACCGCUUCGGCACCCUUGCAGCUCGACUGCUGGCUAUAUUUCUGUACACUGGGGGUACCCUGCUCAUCUCCUUCUCCACAGCAGCCACGGCGCUGAUGCUGUUCCCCGCCAUGUCACUGCUCUCUAUUGGAGGGAUUCUCCUUAUCCUCACCAACAUGCAGGUGGGCAACCUGUUUGGGAAGCACCGGUCAACUAUCAUCACUUUGUACAAUGGGGCCUUCGACUCCUCCUCUGCUGUGUUCCUCAUCAUCAAGCUGUUGUAUGAGAAAGGCCUGAUCUUGAGGGACAUGUUCCUCUUCAUCACUGCCUGCAGUGCCUGGCACCUGAUCCGCACCUUCUUUCUGAUGCCUAAGCAGCACAUCCCCUACCCACUGCCUCCAGGAUACAGUUAUGGUAUGACCUGUAGGAAAUCUCAGUCCUACCACACCUAUGAGGAGAGGCAGCCAGCCCACAGAGGCGGAAGCAAUGACCUGCAGUCGGAGCCUGUUCUUGCAGAGGCUGACCGCAGCCCCAAUGACUUCCUGAGCAAAGGCCACAAGGAGCCUCCUGUCCGGUCCUUCCAGUCCUGUGUCAUCUCCAAGCUCUUUUUCUGGCACCUGGUGUGGCUGUCAGUGAUACAGCUGCGGCACUAUUUCUUCAUUGGCACCCUCAACCCCAUGCUGGAGCACCUGGCUGAGAAAAACACUGCACUGGUGAGCACCUACACCAACGCCUUUGCCUUCACUCAGCUCUGUGGGGUUCUGUGUGCCCCCUGGAAUGGCCUCAUCUUGGAUCGCCACAAGCGCAGGAGGGGCAAGGAUGGCAGCACCCACGGUGCCUCAGACUCCCUGACUGACCUGCGCUCCUGCGUGCUGUCGCUGGCAGUGACGGUGGUGCAGAGCGUGGGGUUCUCAGUGUGUGCCACCGUGCCUGUGCUGCCUGUGCAGUACGCCACCUUUAUCCUGCAGGUGCUGAGUCGUUCCUUCCUCUAUGGAGGCAACGCUGCAUUUCUGGCCAUUGCCUUCCCCCUGGAGCACUUUGGGAAGCUCUAUGGGCUUGUGAUGGGUCUGUCAGCUUUGGUAUCGCUCCUGCAGUAUCCCUGCUUUGCACUCGUCAAGGGACCCCUCAAUGGAAACCCUUUCUAUGUGAACAUUGGCCUCACCGUCAUCAUCCUCCUGGGCUUCGUCAACCCCUUGAUGGUGUUUUGGGAAUACCAACGUAGGGAGAAGGAACAAGCCACGGAAGGGAACAGUUCCCUGUCCUCAUCACCGAAGAAGGCUGAUGUUGAGUCUCCUAUCUGAAACCACAGGGCUGUCUGGGGACUGUUUUUCAUGGAAAAGGGAAGGAGAAAAGGGAAUUUCAGGGUGCUCCAGCCCCUAGUACCUCUUCAUCUAUGUUUGCCCAACUCAGAAUGUUUACUACCAUCUCAAGCCAUUCUCAGACUCAUUUAAAAGAGGAGUAAUUAGAGAGAUAUUUAUUUUUACAGAUACUUAAUUUUAUAGUUAUUUUUAUAGCCCUGUUGGUCUGAGUCCUUUAUCUCCCUCUUCCCUGUUCUCACACAGGACAAUUAGGAAGAUGCACUAACUGUAUUUACAUGUAUUGUUCUGCUUGACUACAGUUCUAUAGUUGGGUGUGUUCAUAAUAAUUAUGGAGGUAAAAGUGCUAGCUUGCUCCUUCCUACUUGAAACCCAAUAAAUACUAAUGGAGAGAUCCCAA